GCAGCAGCAUCCAUGGGGCAGCAACAUCCAUGUUACCACAAUAUACACACUUUGGAGACGUUGAUAAGAGCACCAGUCCCAGCUCGAGCAGGAACACAUGCUCAUGUGCCAUCUGCAUGUCAUGUCCCACUGAAGAGGACUGGGCAGAAGAAGUGAACCCAGAGAUUAUUGGGGACAAACAAGGGAAGAAGGAGAUAUACAGAGCUCAUUUGCCUCGGGCUGGUCUGUUCCGCUGUGUCGAGACAGACCUUGAGUUCCUGGUGAGGACAGCCACCAGCAUUGAAUACAAGUACUCCUUCUGGGAGCGUCACCUGGCUUCAGGGAUCCCCCCUGUAUGGAUGGAGGUUGGCCCUGUGUUCGACAUCCAUGCCCCACCAGGCACUGUGAAGGCCAUUCAUAUCCCACACUUCCUGUGUCUUGGAGAGGGGAAGCAAAACACUUCCUGGAUGCAAAUUGCCCACAUUGUUGAUGGGAACCUACUCCUGGAGAAGCCUACAAGGGUGAAGCCAUUCCAUGCUGUGCUGCAGUACCCCAGCUUUUCCCCCAUGGGUGUCAUAUUUCUUUCUGACAAAUUGCCAUUCAUCCCCAUCCAUUCCCUUGUGCUCCUCUAUCGGGUCUUCAGUGCUGCAGACAUCACCUUUCAUCUCUACCUGAUCCCCAACCAUCGUGGCCUGGAAAAGGCGGUGGAUGAGGAUGAGAAGAAAAGGGGACAUUCUCUCUUGGUGAACAAACCUCCCAACACCAACCGACCACUGAAAUUUAAAAGGUGGUAUCGCGUAUCCAGUCCUUCAAGGGCAGAGAUAAACCCCAAAGAGCUGAAAUUCAUCUACCUGUCAUUGGACAGACGUCAGGCCUUCACCGAGAUCUACACCAAGGACAUGGAGGAAGGAAUGCAGCUCACCUUGACAAAGGUGGUCCAGGAGGGCAAAAAGGACUGCAGGCCACUCUGGGACACCCUCCUGAGGGCAGGUGACAUCAAGCAGCCAGCCACCUCUUCCACUCCAACAUGCUCAGGUCACUCACUCUUGGAGCAUGAGCCAUCCUCUGCUCUCCAAGUCAGACAUAAAGCCUGUACACCAGGACAGCAUUUUGUGGAGAAACACCGAGAGCAGUUGAUCCAGCGUGUGACAUCAGUCAACAGCAUUCUGGACCGGCUCUAUGAGCGUGUUCUGACUGACGAGCAGUACGUGAGCAUCCGAGCAAAGGGCACGAGGCACGAGCAAAUGCGCUUCCUCUACAGCUUCAUGCCCAGCUGGAACAUCACCUGCAAGGACCUGUUCCUUGAUGUGCUGAAGGAAACCAAUCCCCACCUCAUCCAAGAGCUCACGGAUUGUGAGGGCCAACUUGGGGAUGAUGGUGGUUCCAAGUGAACACAGGACUUUGAGGACUCGGGGAGGGUGAGAGAUGGGGAGCCCCAGGAUGGGAUCGAAGGACUCAGGGGAGCCUGCACUACAGUCUCAGGAGGAGCCAGCAGCCAGAGCUGCUGAGGGGGACUGAUGAGGUAGUGUGGUGAACCUCCCUGUGCACUACACCACGUGGGGAAAAAGCUGGCCCCAGAGCCAGCAGGUGUGAAAAGGAA